AUGUCUCGCUUUGCCCGAAUCGCUCUCUGGUCGCGCAAGUUGAGCACUUCGGUCAUUCGCAAGAGCAACCACGAUGACCACGACACGUCAGGCAUCCCGGGCUCGAACCUGCCGUUCAAGGUGAACAACAAGUACGGGCUUACCAUCAGGUUCGCCCUGUUCUUCAGCAUCCCUUUCGCGCUGCCUUUCUAUGCUGUCAGGUUCCAUCUGACGAAGAAGUCUGCAUGA